AGAAAAGCGAGCGCAGGGAGUUGUAAGCUGAAGGCUACGCGCUCGCGCUCGUCUCGUUUCCGUCCUCCCUCGCUCUUUCUCUACCUCUCUCACUCCCUCUCUCUCCGUUCGUAGCGGAGAGCCGACCUUCGAGUGCACGAGCGUCGCUGUGUUUUUUUUGUUUUUCUUUUUAUUUGUAUUUUUGUCGCUACGGAGUAGCUUUGCUGGCACGCACGCGCGCUCACUGCACGCUUUGCUCGCUCUCUCUCUCUCGCUCUCUCUCUCGCGUUUGUUGGCGGAGCGAUUGCUGAGCGCGUGCACGAGCAGCAGGAGUAACAGAAGAGAGGAGCGCGAGGAAGAAGGGAGGGAUGGUGGAUAACUCGAGCAGCAGCAGCAGGGCACAAAUGGAGGGCAGUUUGGGGGGCGGUGGUUACCCUCAGGGGGGCAUAGCGGGAGUGAAGCUGGAGGCCGUGAUGGAGCAGCUGCAGAGGCAGCAGCAGGCGCGGCUGGAGAUGGAGCGCAAGGAGCGGCGACUCCGCGAGGCCCACAUCAUGUACGCCCAACAGGUGGCCGCCCAGCAGGCCAUUCUGGCCGCGGCCAGAGCCUCCGGGGUGGGUCUGGACACCAAGGCCCAGGGGCACACCAGAGCGGACUCGGAACUGGACACCAAGGAAGGGCGAGGCCAGGACUCGGAUGACGAAGAUGAUGAUAACGAUGAUGCUGCUGAUGAUGAUGAUAAUGAGGAGAUGAUGGAGGGGGACGAAGCCAGUGAGGAAGAGGAUGGUGCGGUCAGUGGUUUGGAGUUUUUGAGAAAGCAGACGUUGGCUCUGCAGCAAGGAGCUGCCAGGUUGCAGGGCCAUUCGUUUGGGAGCUACACCGGGACACCAGCUCCAGCACCCAGGACCCAGAGAGAACCAUCACCCCCUGUCCGGGUCAAACAGGAGCCCGAAGAUGGGCUCUCUCCUGUGGAGCCAGCAUCAGCUGCGUCCCCUAAUGGCCAGGCCGACUGGAGCUAUGAAGACAACUUCAAACAGAAUGGAGUUGGUGCGUGGGGGGAGGAGUCGGACAGCAGCAGAGGAAGAGGAGAGGCAUCCAGAGAUUUUGCCAAGUUGUAUGAGCUGGACAAUGACCCCAACAGAAAAGAGUUCCUGGACGAUCUCUUUACUUUCAUGCAGAAGAGAGGAACUCCAGUAAACAGAAUCCCCAUCAUGGCCAAGCAGGUGCUGGAUCUGUACAUGCUGUAUAAGCUGGUGACGGAGAAGGGGGGUCUGGUGGAAGUCAUCAACAAGAAGAUCUGGAGAGAAAUCACCAAGGGCCUCAAUCUCCCCACCUCCAUAACCAGCGCAGCCUUCACCCUCCGCACACAGUAUAUGAAGUAUCUGUACCCGUACGAAUGCGCUCGGAAAGGGCUGAGUUCGCCCAACGAGCUGCAGGCCGCCAUCGACAGCAACCGGCGCGAGGGCCGCCGACCCAGCUACAGCAGCAGCGGCCUGUUCCGCUUUAGCCCCUCCCCCAGCACCGCAUCACACAUCCUAUCACCUCCCAAGAUGCACCUGGCAGCGCUGGGCGCCGGGCCUGGAGCCGCGGGGGCGCUGAACGGCCUGCAGGGCUCCCCGGGACCAUCCAUCAAGAAGGGGCUCGAAGAUGCCUCCCCGUCUCUGCUGGCAGCACGGGCCCCCUCCUUGGCGCUGGCUCUGGGGCCGCAGCAGGUGGCCGGUUUGGCCCGGGCAGCCACUCUGGAGCAGUUGCGGGAGAAGCUGGAGACAGGCGGCGGUGCCGAGGGUCCAGAGAGGAAGAUGGCCCGCCUGGCUGAGGAGCAGCAGAGGCUGAUGCAGCAGGCCUUCCAACACAACCUGCUGGCCAUGGCUUCACAGAUGCCCAUGAACCUGAGACUGGGCAUGCCACCGAGGGAAGACAAGCACGACCUGGCCAUGAGCAUCUCCUCCUCUGGAGCUGCCAGCAUCAGCGUAUCUGUGGAGGUCAAUGGUGUCCUCUACUCAGGAACGCUCUUUGCUCAAAAGUCAGCAACAACUCCAGUGAGUGCAUCCGCUGCAGUGAGUGUGCCUCCCGUGGCACCCAGCGCGGUCUUCAGCUUUCCCAGUCACAGCCCCUCCUCUUCCUCUUCCUCUAAGGGCCCCAGCUCAGCGGAGCCCUCCGCCAGCGGCUCUCCAUAGCCUGGACACAGCCUUCACCCGCUGCCCAGGCUCCAGCCUGCUCCAGGCCAGAACAAAGCAGUCAUGGAUGUUUUGAAAAUCAAACUGUUGCACAACCAGUACCUCAUUUUCCUCCUGUCGGUCUUGGCUGUCUACAUAUGUUCAGAUAUAUUUACCAUACGCGUACAUAGACACAGACCGAAUACUCUAAACGCUAAACACAAUCACGACGUUCAGCCAAAAUCAACUGACAGGCGCUCAUAACAGAACUUGAAGAUUUUUAUUUAGAAAAAGAAAAGUGUUGCUAUUUGUUGUCUUCUGAUUUUUGGGGUGUUUUUUUUUUUGUUUUUGAAUAUUUUUUUUUUCCCUCUUGAGUUUUUCCGCUUAUGACAUACCUCAAAUCAAGCAAUCCGCUGUGAUUGAAUAUUACAAGAAUAUCUUUACCUCAGGAGUUUGUUAGUAAAUACUUUAGCUGGAUGAAUUUUAUUUUUUAUAAUGUAUUUGAAUUUGUCAGAAUCAGGAAAAGAGGUGAUCUUCCCAGAAAGGGGCCUCACACGCUUUUGUUGCUAUGCAUUCACUUUUCUCUCGUUGCCGUGACGAUGCUCAUUUGGAUGAGAGGUCAGAGAGAAGGAAAGGACGUUCUGAUCACCGAGAUGUCCCAACUGCAAACGGAGCCAAAUCGUGAGCUUGAAUUCAAUGCAACCGGACGUUCGUGAAAAGCUUUCAAAGUUCUUGACCUCAGUGACCUCAUUGCCUUGUCCGUUCGCUCUGAAUGGCUUGGACAUCACCAUAACCUGCAAAUACCUCACAUACAUCCCUCUCACUAACCAAACCAAUGGCAGCUUUGAAGGUCGUAGCAGUUCCGAUACUUUUGUGUCGUCUUUUCAGGAGCAAACUCAGUAUUUCUGACCAACAGACUGUUUAUUGCCUCUCCCACUCUAAAGACCCGGUUUAUACCCAGCUCAGUACUGUACGAUUCCCAUUUUGGGAAGACGGCUGCUCCAGGUACAGCCCUUUUUCAGUCAGCAAAUGCUGUGUGGCCUUGGGAUUGGGGCAGUAGUUGUUUUGUUUUGGUUUGGGUUAUUUUUUGGAAGCUAUGGAAAAUUCCAGAAAACAAGAAUUCAUUCAGUCUAGUAUGUUAUUUAGUUAUUGGCAAAUAAUUGAGCUAGAUAAGGCCGUUCAAACCCAACCCAAGCAUAGCCCCAACUUCCUAAAUCAGGACAUAAUCAGUUCACACAGUUUUCCAUUUGUAGUCAAGCUGUUUCCUCACUAAGGCAUUUCCACUGUGUACAACCCAGACUAAUGGCUCUUACACAUCGAGCGUGAUGCAAAUAAACGACACAAAAAUGCGCAAAAUUCCAAUUUUUUCCGCAUCAAAACCGUACGCACCUGACGUGGUGAUAUUUUGAGGAAUUUUACUCCGUCAUUCAUGCCAGGAAACAAAACCAAAACGGAUGGGCAGGAUGUCUUCAAGUGCAAGAAGACAUCCUUUGCUCCACACAAAACAAUUGGGAUAUUUUGGGAAUGGGAUGGGAUAUUUUCCAAUUUGGAAACGCAAAAGGAAAUUGGGAGUUUUGCUUCCUCAUUCAGGAGCUAUAAGUGUUCUCGCAUAUCGCUCUGAUAUCCGUAAGUCAGUUUGAGGUGAAGAUGCUAGAAAGUUGUAGUUGCUGGACAGCACUGAUCUGUCAGCUGGUCAAGUGUGUCAGUAGAAGUCCAGAGUGCAAAAAAAAAUUGGUUGCCGUGCGAAAAAUUGCAUUUGGCGUGAAACAUAUCAGUUACAAAGGUGUUCAGAUAAAUUUAUUGACGUACAAAAAAACACACAAAUAAUUUACGCUCGGUGUGUAAAGGCCUUAACUCACCAGAACCUGCACCAACAAUUCAAAGGUGGCUCUGGAACCUCAGCAACUCCGAUAGCAAUCAUAGAAAUCUAAUGGACAUCACUUCCAGAGAGCAUGGAUUGGUCUCAAGCUAUUCAGACGACAGGGGACACGUUGUAAUUCUGUUGUUCGAGUUUUGCAGGGAGCCCUCGAGUCUCUACCUCACAGUCGAACUGUUGUUAUACCACAUCAGGGAAGGGAAAGUCUUCUCAGGAUUUGAGAUGCUGUAACAAACACUUUUUCAAACCACAGUAACCUCUGCCUCCCGUGGUGGGAAGGCAGCUUUCUCAGGAAGUAUUGUGACGUCUUUCAACAAAACAGUUAUACGGAAAUAUGCACAGAACAUGGAUGAGACUGUUUUCCAAAGAAUACCUUAUGCUCUGCGAUGGAGAACUACACUACAUACCUCAUGCUGCCAUGCCAAUGGGACUCAAGCGGGCUGUUCCGGGACUUAAAAGUCCGGAUUGCUCGAUUGGACGGUCUGGAAUGUAAGCAUCAUUCUGGAUUGCUGGAUCGGAAUAUCUGGAAUGCAGGCACCGUUCUGGAUAGUUGGAUCGGAUUAUCCUGGACGUAAGCAUCUUUCCGGAUUGCUGCAUCGGAAUAUCAGGAUCGGAAGCAUAAUUACAGAAUGCUGGACAGGAAUAUCUGGAACAUAAGCUCCAUUUCAGAUUGAUGGAUGGGAAUAUUCAGAACUUUAGCAUGAUUCUGGAUUGCUGGAUCGGAAUAUCAGGUAUGGAAGCAUAAUUAUGGAAUGUUGCACAGCAGCAUUCCUGUCCCGCAUACCGUAAUUAUGCUUUUGUUCCUGAUAUUCCGAUCCAGAUAUGAGAUGGCAUGAUUCCGGAUUGCUAGAUUGGAGUAUCUGGAACUUUAGCACCAUUCCGGACUGCUGGAUCACAAUCUCCUGGCAGAUUUCCGGACUGAUAUGACACGAAUUCUCUCUCUCUCUUUUUCUCUCCCUGUUUAUCUCUGCCUGUCUCUUUGAUCGCCCUUCGUGGGUCACCCUUCGUGGGUCACCCUAGCGACCAUGUAAUGUUCUGCAUUUGUACAAUCAGGUGUGUCUCUGACCUCUUCAUACUGUGACUUACAGCUAGAUUACCAAAGAACAGCUCAGCCUUUUCUGCCUGUUCCUCUGACCCCCCCCCCACCCCCCCCCCACCGUGAAAGAUGCCAAGUCAUACAAUAUUUACCAAAGGUUUAUGACUCGGAGCUGGACGUCUGUACAGUCCAGUGGUUUUCCCUGCUGGAAGUCUGUGCAGUAAAGCUUCAGAAGAGCUUGAUCAUUAGGAACGUGAAGUAUUUGAGCAGGGAAGACUCUACACUGCGCAAGACUGAAGGUUUGAACAGUAGGUGGCUGUUACUCGAUGGUCUGCAAUGGCCUUUUUUCCCUUUAUGACCAGCUACUGACGAAAGACUGGGCUAGUUUUAGUAAAUCCGGAUGAUCCAGGUUUUCCCCAAAUUCAGAUCUAAAUCCUUUUAAAGCAUUUUAAAAGCCUGCUUAAAUUAAAAUGAUGAUUAGAUACUGAAAGGACAUUUACUAGAUCACACCGGCCUCCUCCUCAGUUGAUGUGUACACACAUUAUCAUCGGUAGAACCGCCGUGUGCAAAAGUUUUGGCACCCCCGGUCAAUUGAUGUCUUUUGUCGACGUGAAAAUAAGUUACCACGUCCUCUACGAAAGUGUGAGAACACACUUCUGAUGCUGUUUAUUUGCUGUGUUUGAUAUAUUGGCAAAGAAGAAAGCCUGUGCAAAAGUCAUGGCACAUUUUGGAUUUAGUUUUUUGUUUUUUUUCUUCCAGUAUGUUAAACUCAGCAAAUAAAUAGAAAUUGACCUCAAGGUUUGUGAGAAAAUUGUCAUAAUUAAAUUUAUUCCCAUAAGGGCCAAAUAAUAACAAGACAUUUUCCUUGUUUGAAGUAGUAUGUAAACAUUGUUCAAAGAAUUCAUUGUUUCUGUGAUGUGCAAAUGUGCACCUAUUGAUGAGAGCAGCCAAUCAGAACAGAGCUCAUUUGUAUAAGUCUUAAAGGCACUUGAGCAAAAACAGUCUGAUUAAUUCUAAGGGAUUUAGAGAGGUUGGAAACAUGAAUUAUGACCGUUUUGGGUACAUAAAACCACACAAAUGUUAUAACCAUACCUGAAGGAAAAAAUAUAAUGCAUAAAAAUGUAGGAUGUGGACGCUUUAACUUAUUUUCACGUAAUAGAUUGCAAAAAAAAGUAGUUUGACCAGAUAUAUCAGUAACUUUUACCAUGAAUUUGGUUACAGAUCGAGGCCGACUGAGUGCUUUAGAAUGAAACAGAUGAACUCUCUGGACACACGAGUUAAUGGCAGUCAUUUAAUCUUUUUACGAUUAUUAAAUGAGAUGGUCUUUCAAACAAUUUCAUUCAUCCACUCCAGAUUACACUGUGGUUUAUAAGGGAAGAGCCAAGCGCUGAGUCAGUAGCCACAAAACAUGCCACCUGCUGCCGCACGGAUGCCUCAGCAUGGCAAACCGCCAUGUCGUUCCCUCUCUAAGCUCAGGAAGUGCGUUUUGCCAAACUUCUCUUCAUCCUGAAUUUUUGGCCUCCUUUGUAAGUUUAUCUAAAUCCUUGCUUCUCCAGCUGCUGGGCUUGAAAGUGAUAUUCCAAAAGUGUGCAUGUGCGUUAUUACGAGGCCAGAGUGUUUACUGUAGAGUCAGAUUUCCACAUGAUUACAGUGUAAUACAUCAGCACAGUUCCUGCCGCGAGUAAGCAAGCAUUGUGUCGAUUUGCUGCAGUUUAUUUACCUGCAAGUAACCUUUUAGGUCAGUGUGAACUAAAUAGGAUUUCUGAUGCUAAAACAUCCGACUAGGCUUAAUCCAUGUCCGUGAAACCAGCUGCUUUUUUCAUUUUCCCUUUAAAACAAGCUGCUACACUUUCAGUUAGGUUUACAGACUGCCUUACAGCAGACCGGCCCACGAUGAAGUAUAAACUGUCCUCACAUAACAAAAGGAUAUAGUCUCUGCCUUAAUCUCUGCUCGGAGUUCAGUGUCGGAACCAAAGCUUGUCUCUUUUCAGCUGCUCUUAACAUUGUGACAGAAUUUCAAGAUAAACAGCCCAAUAGAAACUGUGCAGAAUGUCUCAGUAUGAAAUAUUGUUGUGUAAACAAGGUAAGAACAUCUUUCCCUCAGCUGUAAUGUUACUUUUUGGAAAUGCAAAGUUUUGUUCCAACAACGCUGAUAUACAGUAUCAGGCAUAUUUCUUUUCAUUUAAUGGGAAAUGAACAGGAUACACGGUUAAUCACUGCUGAUCAAAGUUUGGAAUCAUGUUUUUGAUGAUGAACAGAGCUGUAGAUGAUUACGUAAUCAUUGAGAAAGCUGUAUCGCUUUGAGAUUUCUAAGUUAUAAUACAGUUACAACAGGUAUUUAUAGUAAUUUUGGGUCAAGAAAUGAAUAUUAAUAGACAAUAAAUACUUUAAAAAAUUCUAUGUAGUUGCUGAGGCUUCUGCUGUCCAAUUUUCUUCCUCUCUUUUUAUAUCAUUUGAGUUUUGGACAGCGAAUGAUGAAAUCUAUAGACAUGCAUUGAUUCGUUACAGAGACCGAUUCGGACUAAAACAACCCACCCCCCAUGGUAACCUUCAAAGAUAAUAAACAUACAGAUAAUGUAAUCAUAGCUGAUAAUAUACAAAUUUAAAUCUAAUUAAAUAGAUAAAUAAUGAUGAGUGGAUAGCGGCCUAAAAGAACACGUCCUGUUAUCAGUCACUAACAGGCAUAGAGGACUCAGGAGGGACGAGAGCAGCAACGAUGAGUGCGUUUACAUACACUUAAUCUGGUUACUGCAGAAAAUCAGAUUUAGGCAGUAAUCUGAUGUACACAUUUACAUGAACUUGGGUAAUCAGAUAAUGG